GUCCCCACCGCGUGGACACGGUGGAGGCGACGUCGGUUUUCUCGUCUCUCCAAGUGGUCGUCGAGCAUGCUCUCGGCGCUCGUACAGUGCCUCGCAGUACGCAGCACCCGACCCGUCGCCUGCUACCCGUUGUCGUGGUGUCGCGGGCACCAGGGGAACCGCAUCACGUCCGGAGAUUGUGUUCGCUACCUACCGCCCAGGCGUUCGUGUCACCGCGCGCGACUCCUCCUCGCGCUGUGGCGCGCUUCGCCGAGACCUUGGAAGAGACGCGCGAUGUCCGUUCCUCUUCUUCUUCAUCUUCCGCGUGACCGCACGUCGGAGCCGACGAAUGAGUUGCCAUAUACGACGACACGUGCGUAGAUCCCGACGACUGGGUCGUCGCGAGAUCUACUCUCUCCAUAAGUAAGGCGAAGAUCCCUGUCUGUGAUAAUUAUGCGGCGAUAUUGCGAGGGAUAAGACGCAAGUGACAAGUGCGAUCGGAGAUUCCGCGGAAGUGUCUCUCUCUUCUCUUUUUCUCCCAGCGAUUCGCACGUCCUCCCAGCGUGAAAAUAUCAUCAUAAGGAGUGCUCUUGAGGGAUCUCACGGAAGGGAUGUGAUCAUCAGAAGACGUCCAGACUUGAGGACCGUUCUCCGUUAAUGUAGGACGGGUCGCACGAUGCACUCGCGAACGUUUCACUGGCGUGGGUGCUACUGCGUUCCUCCAUCGCUUUGAGGCUGAGGUCAGGUGUGGGAGGGUUGUGCAGAGGUUGGGAACACGCUCGAGACCGAUGCACAGUGCACGUUAUAGAAUGCUCAGACCGUUUCGAGAUUUGCUCGUUUUGACAUUGAUAAUGACGGCGUCGUGUCUCAAUGUGACGGAGGACGACGCCACGAUGUCAGCAACAUCAAUGACGAAGUUAAUAACAACGGCAGCUGAAACAAUGUCGACGGCAACAACAACGACGACGGAAACGACAACGGUGUUAUCAACAACGACGACGAUGACGACGACGUUCGCCGUCAAGGAAAACGUGUCAUCCUCGUCGUCGUCUCCGUCGACUUCACCGGCAAUUGUGACAGUACAGGAUGAUGACAUCCCGAAAGAUAUAUCCCACGCAUCAUCGUCCCCUGACACGGUUUGGGAGUGUCCGAAUAUCACAAAAGUGGGUGUGGAAUGUUCCUGCGACUUUCCAUACACACUCAGGUGUACGGGCGAUAGAACGGCGCUACAGGCCAUCAGUGAACAUCUCAAACAUAGUCGGCCGAACAUGAUAUCCUUGCUGGAUCUAACUGUGACGGGGAUCUCCGUGUUGCCAGCGCGCUUUCUCGAGGAAGUUGCUCUUCAUGGAUUAGUCGUCUCCACCGGUGAGCUGAAACGCGUCCAUGAGAACGCAUUCACCGCAUUGGCGCGGCCGUUGCAGGCUCUUGGACUUCCGAACAAUCUCCUGGAUUCCGUUCCCACAAUUGCGUUGUCAUAUUUGGUUGGUUUGGAUCGGCUGGACUUGUCCCAUAACAAACUGAAAACGUUGAAAGCGGACUCCUUCAAGGGUUUGUCAAACUUGACUUAUUUGGAUUUGUGCGACAACCUGCUGUCGCAAUUGUCGCCGCAAGUGUUUCUGGCGUUGCCGAUGUUACGCUCGCUGAGAAUGCGCGGGAAUCGUCUGAGCGUUUCUGCUCUGUCAGCUCUGAGAGGUCUCAAGCGACUGGAAGAGUUGGAUCUAUCCAACAACCUGUUAUUGGGCUCGAUGGGACCCAAUUUGUUGCCGCAGAUGCCCAGAUUACACUUUCUCAACGUAUCCGAGAAUAGCCUCGUCAACGUACAGCAGGGAGCUCUCAUAGGUCUCAGGAAUCUCACUUAUCUCAGCCUGAGUCAUAAUCAGAUUGAUGUGCUGGAGGACCACUCGUUCAAACACCUGUCGACCUUGACGCGACUGGAUCUAGCAAACAAUUGCAUCGUCGCCGUCUCCAGCGCCUCUUUGGCACAUCUGGAGAAGCUGACGAUGCUAGACCUGACGCACAACUUCCUGCGGGCGUUCACGGCGGACCUGGUGGUGCCGUUGAAGAGCCUGCAGGAUCUCCGAUUGGACGACAAUGACAUCACGAUUGUGGCGAGCGACGUGCCGACCACGAAGUUGCACCUGAAGCGGCUCUCCCUCGCCGACAAUCCCCUGAACUGUGACUGCACUCUGUUGGAAUUCGCCAACUGGCUCAGCAACUCCAGCUUAAUGGAGGAAGACAAGUCCUCGGCGGUGUGCGCGACUCCGCCCGCGCUGGAGAACGGCGUCCUCACGCAGGUGUCGCCGGGCAGCCUGCUCUGCGGCGAACCCACACCGCCCAUGAUGACGCGCAGUGUGCCCGUGGUGGGUGAGCAGUUGAGCCUGAAGGAGUUCCACUACGACGAGUCGACCGGCGUCAACUUGCUCUGGCACGUGGAACAAUGCGCCGAACGCUACACCUGUGACUCACUGAUUGUCUACGAGACCGUGAACGGCAGCGAGUACCAACUAGAAUCAAGCCCUCUACACUGCGACUCGCGCAUGAUGCGUGACCCUUGCGUCCUGCCAGUCUCCAUACCGGUGUCAUUGCACCUGCAACUAGGCCACAAGUAUCGUUACUGCGUGGUGCUGCUAGUGCCUAUCGCCUACGACGACGUCUCUCUCGGGCUUGGCUGCAGUGACGUGAUUGUCCUGGAAAAGACCCAACGGCAACAGGACCUCGCGAUCUCUACGCAGCCACCGUUUCUCGGCGCCUCUUACCCGCGAAUCACCGGAGUUCACGUGAACGUGUCCGACCAGGGCAACCUGCACGUGGACGUUGCGCUCUCUGCGAAGACGACGGAGACUUGCCAGCUGUCCAUAGUCAUCUUCAACGCGAUCUCAGCGGUGCACCGGCAGACGCUCAACUGCAGCUCCACGUUCGUCACCGUGGAGGUGUCGUUGCCGGGUUCUUACAUGGUGUGUGCCAGUCUGGACAAGCUCGCCGAGGCUGUGGUCGCCGCCAGCGACUUGCUCGACGAUCACGAGCGGUCUCGUUGUGUCGAAGUAGUGCAGGGCCACCAGUUGAACGUCGUCUUCAUCACGUUAGCCGUCGCCCUCGUCAUCUGCGUCAUCACCCUUCUUCUGCUCCUCCGCAGCUACAGCCUCGGCAGGAGGCAUGCCGCCAUACAGGCGCAAUGCUUCCUGCCGACGCAGGAAUUCGAGAUCACCCACAAGGCUCACUACAUCAAGCUCUUGGCCACGACGAAAGUCUGACGCAAUCUGCGACAUCGUAUUAAUAAUAACACAAAUAAUACAAAUAACAACGUCAGUAACAAUGAUAAUAAUAAAGAGGCCAUGGGACGACCUUGUCAGAUAUGAACGAAUAUGAUAAUAAAAAGUAAUAUUAAUAUUAAUAAUAAUAAACUGGUCUUCUCACCUUCUACAAUGGAGGUGUACGAAUAAUGUCAAAACAUUAGCGGAAGAAUCGUGGGCGCACAACGACGGCAAUUAUUUGGUUGAGGGAUCAUUUGUCUCCAUUAGAUGAAGUCAAUUCUUUGACUUGAAAUUUGAACCGAACUUCUUGACUGAUCUGAUAUUAUAAUUUCGCUCGUGUUACAUGUUGUAAAUAUGUUUUCUUUAAUCGUUUUUAACAUCCAAAUGCAUUGCACCUGUUUUGUUGUAAAAUAAUAAAUAUAUGUAAUUUACUAUUACACAUUCUU